GCACGAUGCACGUAGAAAUAUAUAUUUGUAAAAUCAACAGCUGGUUUGUUUUACUACUGCCACUUCUGCUGCUAAUAACAUCACCACUGAUUCUACCGCUGCUCUGGCUGCUACUGCGGAAGCUGUUGCUUCCAAGCUUCAGCUAGGAAUCACAGUCAGUCUUCAAUUCGCUACUGCUAGCGAAAGCAGCUCUACACUCAAGAAAGAGAGGAAAGUUUUCAUUCAAUAUUUUAUCUACCACGGACUUGUUUUCAGUGUAGUACCACGUGUGCAGAGUUCAGCUUCAUGUUGCGCAGCAUGAAGCUGGAUUACACGGUUCAAAUAUUUAACCCAAUGGUAACAGCUAGAUCUGUAUAGCAAAAAAAUGUUGAUUAAUGAACACUAACAUUUCUUAGGAAAGUCCCUCAGAAAACAAUUCAAGACAAUCACUUACAAAAUGACAGAUACCACUCUAUGAUACAACGCUGUGAUACAAACUGUGAUACGACACGGACGCACAUCAAAUUACAAACGUGAAAUACUUUGCAGAAGAAUAGUGGAUACAUGGUCAAAUAUUGCACUGGUUGCAUGGAUUUGUUUUGUAUUACAUCAAUGAUGAUAUAUCCAGACAGUAAGCUUCGAAGGAAUCACAGAAUGUAUGGUAAUCCCGCUAUAUAAGAACACCAAAAUAUUAAGUUAAUAUACAAACAGACACAGACACAAACACACACACUCACACACACAUACACUCAUAUAUAUACAUAUAGAUAUACCUACAUAUGCACAUAUACACAUAUAUAUGACUAUAUAUGUAUGUAUAUGUAUAUAUGUAUACAUACAGAAAUCAUAGAUAUAUAUAUAUGAAAUAUUAAAAAUGGCAAGCAAUCCCAUUCUACCAAACUGUACACAAAUCGCAUUGCAGAAUGCUACUGCCACAGAAGAAGCCGAAGAGAGAGAAUACAGUGAAUUUUAUACGCAAUCGCAAUUUAUUACUGGUCUUAUACUUUAUCCCAUAUUUUGCAUUCCAGGAAUAAUUGGCAAUGCACUAACAAUAAUUGUACUGACACAAAAAACGAUGCGAACCUCGACAAAUGCAUUCCUAAGUGCGUUGGCAAUUUCAGACAUGAUUAAAUUGAUGAAUGAUUUAAUGUACUUUAUAGUUCUUCUUAUUUCACGAUCCUAUCCGACAAUAGGCAAAACAGCAUUUGGCUAUAUUUAUCCGUACGCUCAUUUUAUAUUCAACCUUGCAGCCUGUGUUUCGUCGUGGCUGAUUGUAUCAGUUGCAGCUGAGAGAUAUCUAAUGGUAUGUCAUGCGGCACAAGCUAAAACCUUAUGUACCCGAAGGAUCGCAAUUAUUGUCAGCGCUGUUAUUUACACAUGCAUGACUAUUCUUGCCAUACCGUCAGCUAUAAGAUAUAAAACUGUAUCGUGUUUUGAUUACAAUCAAAACAAAACCGUUUAUGACAUACACGUAACUGAAUUAUGGAUGAACGAGAAUUUCGAGACAGCUUACAAUUGGAUACAAAAUUUACUAAGAUCUGUAAUUCCCUUUUUGGUGCUAAUCGUACUUAAUACUUAUAUAAUUAACGCUCUUCGAAAAACGCGAGCCAAUCGAAGAUUUUCAGCAAGAAACAGAAUCACGUUCAUGCUAAUAAUGGUUAUUGUUGUUUUUGUAGUUUGUAUCACACCGGACGCUAUCAUGUCAGCAUGCUUCGGCUUAGGUUAUUAUGACGAAAAUCUACUCGUCAAAGGUAUUCGAGAAUUCACAGAUACACUUUUAGCUGUGAAUGCUGCAUUAAAUUUUGUACUUUACUGUUUGUUUAACAAAGUGUUUCGUGAGCAUUUCCGAACGAUAUUUUGUCAUCGUUUAGGCGGUCGACGUAUUACUAUGGAACCUGAUGAAAGUGAAUAUAGGCGGUUGUCAGAUCAAAAAAAUAACCUGUCUAUAGCAACAAAGCUAACAAUUCAAAAAACAGCUACGACACACGUUUGAAAAAAAACAUAUCUGAGUGGUUGUGAGCAUAAAGAUUAUUGACAAUGUGUACGGAAAUAUCAAAAAUGUGUAUAAAUGUGUAUAAAUAUCUUGGUGACCCAAUUCCUAAAACACUGUACAUUUACCUCCCAUUUUAAUUUCAUCAUAUUAUCUCACAUUUAAGACAAAGAAAAAAUGUUUACUGAUGCUAAGUUAAUUAUGGAUAAAACUAUUUGUACCA